AGAUAAUAACUGAACUUUGGACAACAUGAAGACAUUUUUCAAACCCACCUACUAACCUUCAAUGUAGUAACAGGUUGAAGAGCAAGUAUACUUGAGUAACAGUUGAAAUUGUUAAGUUCGAAUAGUUAAAUGUCAACGGUAUGUUAUUACGACUUACUAUGAUCUACGCAAUGGAAGUUACUCAGUGUUUUAUAUGGUGGAAGGAAGAUAUCGGUCAGAUCGGGAGAUAAGAAUCAGCUUGUUUCACCGUGUUCUUUUCGUUACGAUCUUAAAAUGGCAGACAAAUAUGGGACUUACUCACUUCAGAACAAAGAUGGCGACGAGGAGGACGUUGAGAAGGACGAAGAUUGCACUGGUUGUCAUGAAAGUGAGAUGGAACAUCAUUAUGGUCCAUCUCAAAUAUGUUGUAUACCGCUCCCUCGACUCUUGUGGUUGUUCGUCAACUUUGUUGCUCCAACAAUUAUUUUCUUAUUAAGUUAUGUUUCGGAUAUCGUCAGUGACGCAGCCGUUUCUGCUCGUCAUUACGCAGACGGGAACAUUUGGUGGUUCGCUCUGACUUUAUCACUAAUAUUUACCCCUGCCAUUAUGUUUGCUCUUUUUGGAAUACUAAAAGUGGCUAGAGACCAAAAGAUAAUAUUUCCAAAAAAAUUACUUUGGAUUCUGUUCUACGCUGUUUCGGCCGUAUGGCUCAUCAUUUGGCCGCUGUUCAGGUAUUUAAAAAUGCUGUAUUAUGGUUUCAAGAUUCUCACAAACAAAACUCGACAAAUGGAUUACAUCAAAUACUUGAAAGAGGUGGAAAAUGAAGACGCUAAGUUUCAGAAAGUGUUCAAGGCGUUCCUUGAAUCAGCUCCCCAGUUGUUGCUUCAGCUGUACAUCCUGUUGUCAAACCCGCCCGAAGAACAAAAUGCUUAUACAGUUGUGACCCAGGUUGUAGGCGUGUCCUUCUCACUGAUUAGCCUGACUAACGUAGUGACGUCCUUUGAAAUAGAGAACUACCAGAAAAGAAAAAUACAAGAAGUAAUAGCAGCGGCACCUAUCGCAAGAAGUGAUAUGGAAAUUUCUGAGGAAGAUGAAAAACACAGCGAAGUUUGUUGUGUUGGCAUAGAAUUUCUCUGGUGGUUUUUUUCAAUUGGUGCACGUGUCAUCGCCUUGGCGAUGUUUGGUUCCGUAUAUACUUAUUGGCUGUUUCUGGUAUGUGGCCUCCACGUGUUAAUUAUGUCCACUUUUAUACUGGUGUACAGUUUGGAUAGUGCAAAAGGAGAGAACGUUGUACUUGCUUUGUUUAUGGGGUUUAUCUACAUCUUCUGCUUUGUUGAGUACAAGGUGAACUUUAGUCAACUCGGUAAAAUAGCAGCGUUAUAUAUCCUCUAUUAUAUUUUAAGCUUUACUGAAAACACUGUGAUGAUAUUAUUGGCAUACUUUACUGCCCCCAGAAGCUACUGGUUUCAUCCAACUAUACUAAUUUGCCAUUUCGUCGGUUUUUUCCUGGGUGUUGUCUUCAUGUUAUUCUACUUGGGCCUCUUCAGACCAUUUCACUUGAAACAAAUUCGUAAAAUGUUCUCGCCAGUGCCACCCAGCAAAGGUGGCAAUGAGUAAGGCUAAGGUUCAGAAUUUUACUAAACUGUAAACAUAAAGACAAAUGUUCACUCACACUAUUUUACUAACUAACAGUUAGGGCCAAAGUAAGACAGAUUCGAAAUUCUAAGUUUAUUACGAACAAACGUUUUAACGUCCAUCAUGGAUAAGAGUACGAUGUUAUUAAAAGCACAAGAACCAAUGA